AUGAAAACCUUUCGGAAGCUGGUAGCCAUGGUGCUACUAUUGCUAAUUUAUUUGUUAACAUUACAAGUUGGCGACGCAGAACACAACCAUAUGAAAAUUUCAAAUGCCACAAGCGAUCGCGAAAUUAUUUUGGAGGAAGUAAUCAUUGCCGGAAGUGGAAAUAACACUCGCAUAAUUGCGAAUGCAGUAGUAAAAGAUGCACCGGAGCUCGACGAUGAGGUACUCUCGCUUUUGUCUAAGCGCGAAAUACAGGAGAGCGACAAUUUGAAGCAGAUAUCAUCAGAUCAAGACGAUCAAGAUGCGGCACAAUCGCAGGCUGCAGUCGUUAACGCAAAUGAAGAAGAUGAGCUGGAAAUAAUGAGUCAUGUGAUCGCGAAGUACGAACCGCAGAGACUCACAACGAGAAAGACUAAGAGAAAAAUCAUCGAUGGCUCGAACGAUACUCAUGAUGUUCACGAUAAGAUCGAGGGGUCGAUAACAGAUAUCGAGAGGAUUUACGCCGAAAUGUUGAAAAAUAUCUCGCGGAAAGCUCCCGAAAUGACAGUAAAUAAUGCCAAUGUAGCGUUAAAUCCCUAUUUAUCUUUGGCAAGAAAGCAACUGAAGCAAAUUUAUAUUCCGAAGGUAACAAUCCCUUCUGUGACUAACGACAGAGCGGAGAAAUCACAUUCCGAUGUUGAGCCUACUUUUACAUUACCUACUUUAAACAGCAAGAAGAAAAGAUUACUUAAGAAAUAUUUGCAAUUAAAUCGCACCGCAACAACUCCACAAGUCUCAGUCGAAGAAUCAAAUUUCAACGAGGAAUCUGCUAGUAGUAAACCAAGCACGCCUACGGGAUAUUUCAAGGUUCCCAAUAGAAAAACGAAGGUAAAGAACGGGUUAUUAUCUGUACCAACGUCAAACGUUUAUUCUGGUUCAACGAAGAAUCUUACAAAUCGUCAUGAAUGGGAUGUUAAAGACUCUUCAAUUCAAAUUGUAUCUCCAUUUACUUCACGAUUAAAUAACAGUAACAUUAUUAAUGUAAAUAAUUUAAAAAAUUUGAAUGUUUCCAAUUAUGCGAAUGCUGAUCAAUUACUGACAAAGUACAACAUAGUGCCAAGACCAUUUUCCAUAUUACCAUCGUCCAAUUCACUUGUUACCACGAACAUUGAUGCAUCACAUAGAAAACCGAGCGUUUCGCCAAUGAAUUUCUAUCAUCAACAACAGACUGCUCGUUCUUCUGCAAACAUUCUUCCAUUGGUUCUUCCAACAGAUCUAUUUAAUCCGCUUGCGACACGCCGUUAUAUCCCAAUAAAGCGUACGAAUCAUCUCAAUCUUGAAGGAAAUUCAGCAACAAUUGUUAGCACUGAAGCAAGUUUGCCAACGAGUCUUACAAGGAAAAAAACUACCCUUAUAGAUAACAACGCUUUUUAUACAGAUGUAAUUGAUACUACGAGGAGUCCUUUGGUCAAUGAUGAGAAAUCGAGUUUAAAUGAAAACCCUGAAAUCGCGUCAUAUAACAAAUUCGCAAGCUUGUAUUCAGCUAACAUUCCUAAUGUACUCAAUACGCCAAAAGUAAUUACUCAAAACUUUAAACAGCUAGAGCAGCCGUCGCAACAGCAAGUUUCCACUCUUCCUGAUGCAACUUUAAAACCUCUUACUUCUACUUUGUUGAAAAUCCAACCAAUUGCUACCUCUAAACCUGCACCAUAUUACGAUAGCAGAUCAUUCAUUUUGCAAGACGGAAAGUAUAAGAAGAACAGCGAUGAAAACGUCGGAACGAAUGAGCAGUCUCGCGUUGAAGACAUUGAUGUGACUAAAAAAGAAGAUGAUGUUGAAAAUUAUAAAACUCAAGUCAAUGAAGAAGCUUAUAAAGUUUAUAAGAAGCCGUAUAAACUGAGCGAGAAAAAAGAUCGCGAAGAAGAAGAGGAAGAUCGUUAUCCACAGCAAAGCCGUAAUUAUCAAGACAAACAUUAUGAAUAUGAUGAAAAUGAUAGAAAUAGUAAAAAUGAUGAUAGACACGAAAAAUAUGAGAAUGUUCGGCGUGAGAAUAACGACGAUGGAGAGGAAGAUGAAACGGAAAAGGAAGAAUAUGAUGGCAACAUUGACAAAAGUAAAGAUGAAGAUAAUGACGAUAAUCGUCGUCAAUACAAUAAGUACAGAUAUGAUAGAGAUAAUUCUGAUGAGAAACAACGUGAAAAUCCACGCCAUGAGAAAUACAACAAACCAAAAAAUCGUCGCGAUAAGCAUGAUGAUGUUGAGCAUCGAUUUGAAGACAAGAGUAAGUAUUUUGAAUCACUAUAUAAUGAUGAUGAAACUCGUGAGCAGGAUAAAGAAUAUCGCUCAGAUCAAAAGAAAUUAAUAGGCGACAACCAAUAUAAGAAGGAUCGACAAGAUCGCAAGUAUAAAGAAUUUGAAGAUUAUAGCAUUAUCAAAAACAAACCGUUUGCUCAACGUUCUAAAGAUCUACGUGCUUAUAAACAAGACGAAAAAUACGAAGAGGAACAAAGCAAUGACGAUGAUAAGCGCAAAAAUCAUAAUUAUCAUGCUUCUCCACGAAGAGACUCGCUUCGCGAAGAGCAUCUGAGCGAAAAAUAUAGUGAAUCUAAUCCUGCACACAUACACGAGGAAUAUCAUCAUCAAAGAGUCAAAGAUGAUCAUCGUGAUCAUCGUAAACACGAUAGUGAAGAUCAGGACAAUGGCAAAGAAGAAGCGCGUGAUCAUGUGCACGGUGAGACUCAGGAACACGCAGAAACUCAUAAACAAGAAGAGCAUAAUGGAAAGAAGGAAGAUAGAGAAAAUUACAAGUUUGAAAAAGGUGGCGGUGCAGAAAAUGAAGAAGAACACCAUGGGCAUGAGGGAGAAAAAGGCGACAAGGGGUAUAAAGUCUGGCAUGAGCACGAGAAGGCUGAGAAAGGACAUCACAAUAAGGAGCAUGACAGCAAACACUAUGAUGAAAAAGACGGCGAGGAGAAGAAACAUGAGGAAGACGGUGGAUAUCACGAGGAACAUCAGCAUGGUGAAGGGGGCAAGAAAACAGCUGAAUUUGGCGAAAAAGGUGAACACAAGAAAGGUCACAGCACUCAUGGGGAACAUUCCGUACAUAAAAAGGACGAAUACGAAAAGAAGACAGAGUUCUUUGAUGAGUUUAACGAAGAUGGUGGCGUAGAGAAGCACGGCGAACACCAUCACGAUCAUGAAUCGAAGAAGGGCGGUCACGUGAAGAAGGGCCAUCACGACAGCGCGAAUCACGAGGAAAAAUAUAGUAAGGAGGGGAAGCAUGAGAAAGGCGGUCAUCAUCACGAGCACAAGGGCCAUAAAGUCGACGAAGGUCAUGACCAUCAUUACGAUCACCAUCAUAAGCAUGGUAAGAAGGAGGGACAUGUGCACGGGAAAAAGUGGAGCUCCAAGAAAGGCGAUGGUGAUGACCAUAAGCAUAAUCGCUGAAGCGAAAGAUGAGAGU